AGUGUGUUAACAGAAAAUGUGAUACUGAAACGGUAGUGCUGAAACAUUGCUGAAAGCUGAAACAUUUUUACUUGCAGUUUGCAGUGCACUGAUUGUCAUGACUACUCCGAAGUAUAGGUCAAUUAACAUUGUUUAUUUUUGAACUAAGAUACUGAAUAUUGCAUCCAAAAUUCUCGUUUUCACCGAAUAUAGGUAUCUCUUUCUUUUGAAAAGUUCCUCUUUCCAGCGCUAAUGGAGAAAGUGUAUCGCAAGUUCCUUGGUGAUUCUGUGUCCUCAACAAUUGACUUUAAAAAUUAUUUUGUUGAAUAUAAAUCCGAAAUUGCCAAAGUUUAUGGUCCUGAUGGAGAGAUUGGUGUAACACAUGCAUUUUCUAAUUUAAUCAAAUUUACAGAGGAGCAAGAAAACAUUUUAGCACACACAUGCAGUAUCGAUAAAUUGGAUCCACCAAAUCCUGUAGAAAAGAUGGAUGUUGAACCGCUAUACACAAGACCUGAGCUGUAUGAAAAGAUACCUGCUCCGGAAAAUUGCUGCUUACGCACUGUCCAAAGUGUGCUCUCCAGGAGUGAAGCAGAUCAGGAAGAAAUCGUUAGAGCCUCAAAAUACCGUGGGAGAAAAAUUACCCUCUCUGAUGAACACAAGUUAUUAAAUCGUGAUAUGCACGCAAGUGAUGACGUUGUCAUGACAAUUCUAAUCUAUGCACCUUACAGUAGCGUGAAGCAUUAUAAUGGGAAAUUCAACAAAAUUGUCGACAAGAGGCCAAGAGUGUCUCAAGAGCUACUAGUGCUCGGCUCACAAACUUUAGAUGUUCUGCGGGAUGCGAUUUUGUGUGUUGAAGAUUUCAACGAUACUCAGGGUGAUGUCAGUGAAAAUCCUUUUGACAAUGAUGGAAUUCACCAAAGCAGGGCAAAAUAUCCUUCAGCCAUGUUUUACUUCGGCAAUAAUUUCUACAUUGAUACAAGGGAGGCUGCCUGUAAAGACUACAGUGAAAGCAUAAGAGAGUAUGGAGAAAAAAAUGGUAUUGUUUUUGGUGAAACAAGAUCAAUGGAGGAAUCAUUUUUCAUAGACCUUCAACUUAAAUUAGGACACCCCUAUGUGUACCGGCACCAAGGAAUCUGUGAACAUAUAAUAGUGUUCAAAAAUGCAAGAUUGAUUCACUUUUAUGAUCCUCGAGUUUCUCAUCUAUAUCCUUUACAUGAAGCCAUUUGCCCUUCAAGAGCUCGUUUUUGUAACAUUUGUGGAAGUUUAAUUGCAAAAUGGUGUGUUCAGGAUUGUGAGAGACUACCUAAUGAUCCCUCUUACCUUUGUUCAGACUGCUUCAAAGGCUAUCUGUACAAAGACGGAGAGAAGAUUUGUCAAUUUAAAGCAUAUAAAUUCUGUGAUGCUAAGGCUAUUUUAUGAUUUAAUGUGUCGAAUUAUCUCGAAUGUUACCUUUCCCGUUGUUCAUCAAGUUUUUUAGAAUUUUAUCUUGAGGUUUGUUGUCAGGAAUGACACUCUUUGUUUAUACUUGUGUUUAAACAAACUCCAAUACACUAAUGUAUAUACUCUUCAUUGAACUUUUGUUACAGUUAAGUUUUGACAAUCCUGAAAUAUUUUGAAAUCAUUUUAUUUUUUACUGUUGUGUAAUUUUUCAUUCUUUUCAAACCAAUUUUUUAUAAUAAAUUUUAGAAAUAAAGAAAAAUGACGAA